ACUCUAGGUACCUGGCCCGCCAAACUGCCUAUCGUAGGAGCAAAGAUGCUGUGCGACUGUGGGCCUGUUGCUUGUGCGAGAUUUCACAGGGUUAGUUAAGCCUUGAUCAGUUCAGCCAUUAUUUCCAAAGAUGCCCGAUUGCGUAGCGUGUUUCUCAGUAAGUUUUGCGUUAGCCUGAGGAGGGCUGAUUAUCUUAGCACAAAAGGGAUUUCUCUCAUUCCCAAAUGUUAGCUGCGGUAUAUACUGGUAUAACGUAUGGAAGAAAAUGGAACUAGAGGACUAAUUGGGCCGUUAGGCAACCGAUAAGCAUCUAGUGUUGAUAAAUUAUGAAACCUCACGAAAGCAAAGAGAAAGAUUCUUCCGAUUACCAAUCGACAGCGCAAGGUCCCCGUACAAGGCUAGCAUCCAUUCAUCGUCCAGAACGGCAGAAUCCAAAUAAAUCAACAGUGGACUCCAUCAGACGUACACACCAAAUGAACCAACCCCUUCGUGUCGUCCUCACUGCAAGCAAUUAUCCAGGAUCGACCCUAGUUUAUGCCAUUAGCAUCGCGCUUUUCACCAGCUUUCUUAUUUAAAAUCACUGUUUUCUUCACUGCAGCACAAGGCACCAACUUGAGCAGAAAUAUGUUGCACCGAUAUACCUUUGGCUCAGCACGGAAGUAUAAAAGGGAGAUUCCUCAAGGUCCAAUUGACAGCAGAAAUUCUUCAACUCGGACACCCAUCUUCAAACCGAGAAUCUGCUUUACCCGAAACUUUGCCGGGACUUACUGGACUCAAUCAUCGUCCACCAGAAUUCUAUCCCCAAAACAUUGCCUUUGUCCUCUAUAAAAUCUACAUAUUCCACCCAUCGAUCAUCGAACCACCGGCAUAAGUUUCCAGCACCAGAGCAAUGGCCUCCAACUUUGUGCCUGAUGCCUGGGCUUGGAUCACCAGCCUGCCCCCAUUCACCCAGUGGCGCACCAGCGCCAUGUCCCUUUGCAUUUGCGCCACACCAUCAGCAUCAGCACAGCCAUCGAUGAACCUCUCGGUUGUGAAAACCCCUUCCAUCCCCCAGCCUUCCUAUGUUACCUUCUCCAUAUUUGCAAACUACAGUGUGCCAGUUUCCCUGUGGACGUCAAAACCAGUCCACCUGAAAACAAAGACACAGCAAACUCUAGACGAACAAGAUAUGAUACAGGUGUUCGUCGACAUUGUCAACUCAGUGAUGAGGUAUUGUCCAGACAAGAAAUUGUCAUUUCGGUUCCCUGGGGCACAGCCUCAUGCCAACUUCAAGGACGUGUUCAACAUAGUUUUCUUGUCCCUGGCCUUCCUGGUGUGCAUCUACGAGGCUCCUCGUGAUCUCCGUCCUGGAUGCUUGGAUUCACUGAGAACCCAGCUUACUGGUUCAAAGUGCAGAGAUGCCGCAAAGAACCUUGUAAAGAUGCUUGGGGCAAACCUUGAGGACCAGUGGAUGCAGACAAUGAAUCUCGCAGUAACUAAUUGGAUCGUUGAGCUGAGAUCCGCAAACCAGUCUUCUGGGGUGUACUCGCCACUGUUCUCAUAUGCCCUUUCAGCAAGCGGGCUCUGGAAGGUGCAGCUGUACUGCCCAGUCAUAGCCAUGGGCAUGGAGGAACCUGCAGAAGCAACACAGGAUGAGCGUCUUCUCUUCUCACUCAUUUAUCAGCAGGUUGAAUGUGUGAUUCAGCUAGCUUAUAGAACAGCAAGAAGGGAUAACUGGAUUGAUGUCGAGGUGAAGGUAGACAACAUAAGGUGUGAUGUGGACUCUUUGGUCUCUGAGACCCUCAUGGCAGAACGAGGAUAUGGCUCUGAAGAGAAGCACUUCCCAUCCCGUGUCAUGCUGCAAAUCACACCUAUGCAACAAUCUGAUGUGCUGUCUGUUUCUGUCGGCAAGUCCAACGACAACCCCACACAUGAAUUUGGCAUUGAGAAGGGCUUUGAGGGUUCCUUUGACCCCCCAAACUCAUUUGGUCUGAAGGCAUCAGUCACUGAAAGCCUUACUCUGGCCAUGAAGCCCUGGAAAUUUGAGCAGUCUGUGCAUGGCAACACUGCAACCUUGAACUGGUUUCUUCAUGAUGGUAUCAAUGGAAGGGAGGUUUAUUCUUCAAAACCUUCAAAGCUUUCUCUGCUUCAACCAAGGGCCUGGUUCCGUGACAGGUACUCAAAUGCAUACCGCCCGUUCACAAAGCAGGGGGGUGUCAUUUUUGCACGUGAUGAGUAUGGAGAUAGUGUCUGGUGGAAGAUCUGUGGUGCAACACUAGGAAAGACUAUGAACUGGGAAAUCCGAGGCUGGAUUUGGCUAACAUACUGGCCUAACAAACAAAGGACCUUCCACAGUGAAACAAGGUGGCUUGAAUUUAGAGAAUGCCUGCAGCUUCCCCUUACUAAGUUUCCAUAA